AUGCCUUCAGAAUCUCUACACAAGCCAGUAGUAAUCCCCGACAAGGACAUCUUCUCGUUCCUGUUCGAGCGGGAGAGCAAAGCGUACCCCGAUAACCAUGUAAUCUACAUUGACGGCAACACCAAACGCGAACUCACCUACGCCGACACCCGCCAGCAGGCCAUCACCUUCGGGAUAGGCCUCAAGUCGCAAUGGGGCUGGCGCAAAGGGGACGUUCUAGCAGUCUUCAGUACCAACAAUAUUGACACACCGCCACUAAUCUGGGGAACUAUGUGGGCAUCGGGGACAAUCACACCCGCGAACCCAACAUACACGGUCGAGGAGCUUGCGUUCCAGCUCAAGGCCAGCGGCGCAAAGGCAAUUGCUACAUUAGUGGACUUCCUACCCAUAGCUACCAAAGCUGCCGCGGAGGCUGGGAUUCCAAAGGACCGCAUCAUCUUGGUAGGAGACAAGAAGAGCUCCGAGUUCAAGCACUGGAAAGAUCUAAUUGACCCCUCCACGAGCGUAAAGUGGAGGCGGACAAAGAUCAACCCAUCCAAAGAUGUUGCCUUCCUGGUCUACAGCUCCGGGACCACCGGGCUGCCAAAAGGUGUCAUGCUGAGCCACACGAAUCUCAUCUGCAACGUACUCCAAGUCGAAGCCGGCGAAUCCGGCAACCUGACGCCGCAAAACGACCGCCUCAUCGCCUUCCUCCCCUUCUUCCACGUCUACGGGCUGACGUGCAUCAUGCACGUCUCCUUCUGGGUCGGCCUCCCCACAGUCGUCAUGGACCGCUUCGACCUCACAAAGUUCUGCGCGCUCGUGCAAGAGUACAGAAUCACCUACUCGUACGUCGUGCCGCCCGUCGUGCUCCUUCUCGCAAAGAACCCCAUCGUCGACAACUACGACCUCUCCUCCCUGCGCAUGGUCAACUCUGGUGCCGCCCCGCUCACAAAGGAGCUCGUCGAGGCCUUCUACACCCGCCUCAAGAUCCCCGUCGGCACGCUCCUGCCAAACAUGACGGCCAAAUACGUGGCCGAGGACGGCACGGAGCUGGCGCCUGGCCAGACGGGCGAGCUGUGGAUGAAGGGCCCGAACAUCAUGCUGGGCUACCACAACAACCCUGCGGCGACGGCGAACGCCAUCACGCCCGAUGGGUACUUCAAGACGGGCGACAUUGGCCACCAGGAUGAGGAUGGGAACUUCUGGAUCACGGACCGCAUCAAGGAGCUGAUCAAGUAUAAGGGCUUCCAGGUGGCGCCGGCGGAGCUGGAGGGCCUGCUGCUGGGCCAUGAGAAGGUGGCCGACUGCGCGGUCACGGGCGUGCAUAUUGAGGCGAUUGCGACGGAGGUGCCGAGGGCGUAUGUGGUGCUGGCGCCGGGCGCGGCGGCGACGGAGGAGGAGCUGCUGGGCUUUAUUGAUGAGAAGGUGGCCAACCAUAAGAAGCUGCGCGGCGGGAUUAGGUUUAUUAGUGAGAUCCCGAAGAGCGUCAGUGGGAAGAUAUUGAGGAGGGUGUUGAAGGAGCAGGCGGCGCAGGAGGAGGCGAAGAAGAAUGCGGAGGUCAGGGCGAAGUUAUAA